AUGUCUGUGUGUCUUGCAGCUGCAGGCCGGCCCUUGUGGCCGAAAUGCCACAGUGUGCCCUACAAGUCAGUGGGGGAUCCUGAGGGACAGGAGGUGUCCCUUAAGUGCAACGGCCACAUCAUCAAAUAUUCUGACCAAAACAUGAACCUGUGCUGGACCGAGAUCAAACGCAAGUCCCACAACAUCAGGGUGCGUCUGGAGGCCUUCUCAGACAACGGUGGGAAACUGCAACUGUCACUGCAGGAAAUCAUCGAAUGGCUGACAACUAAAGAUGAGGAGCUAUCAGAGCAGCUGCCUAUAGGGGGUGAUGUAGGGGCUGUGCAGCAUCAGCAUGAUUUCCACCAGGCCUUUAUGGAGGAUGUGAAGUCCAGAGGGCCCUUCAUCUACUCAGUACUGGAAUCAGCCCAGACCUUCCUAGCCCAGCAUCCCUUCCAGGAGCCUGAGGAGAUGCUGCCAGAUGGCAAAGAGUUGUCUCCAAGGCGCCGGAUGCAGAAUAUAAGCCGCUCAGUUUGGAAGCAGGCCAAUGUGGCCAGUGAUCUGUGGGAGAAACUGACGGCACGUUGUGUAGAUCGCCACCGGCACAUGGAGCGGACACUUGAACGGUUGCUGCAGGUGCAGGCAGCCAUGGAGGAGCUGGCCCAUGCUCUGGAACAGGCUGAUGGUGUGAGGGAUGCCUGGGAGCCUGUGGGAGAUCUCUUCAUUGAUUCACUGCAAGACCACAUCAAUGCAACAAAGCUGUUUAAGGAAGAGCUGACUCAAGUAAAGGAAGGCAUGAAGCACAUCAAUGACUUGGCCCACCAGCUAGCCAUUUCUGAUGUACAUUUGUCCAUGGAAAAUGCUCAUGCCCUUGAGCAGCUCAACAGCAGGUGGAAGCUGCUGCAGGCUUCUAUAGAAGAACGAAUGAAGCAGUUGCAGGAUGCCCACAGAGACUUUGGUCCUGGAUCACAGCAUUUCCUCUCUAGCUCAGUGCAGAUACCUUGGGAGCGUGCUAUAUCUCCAAACAAAGUGCCAUACUACAUCAACCACCAGGCACAGACAACCUGUUGGGACCAUCCAAAGAUGACAGAGUUGUAUCAAGCACUAGCGGACCUGAACAACAUCAAAUUCUCAGCAUACCGUACGGCCAUGAAGCUACGGCGAGUACAGAAAGCCCUAAGAUUAGACCUGCUGAAACUGACCAGCGUAGCUGAAGUAUUCAGAGAGCAGGACCUGCAGCAUAGUGAAUACAUGAUGGAUGUGGUGGAGGUGAUUCAUGUCGUCACUGCGCUGUAUGAGAGACUGGAGGAGGAGCAGUCGGUACUCAUCAAUAUCCCACUCUGCGUGGACAUGUUCCUCAACUGGUUGCUCAAUGUCUAUGACAGUGGUCGUAAUGGAAAGAUGCGGGUACUCUCGAUCAAGAUGGGAAUAGUUAGCCUAUGCAACGCAGAUGUCAAGGAGAAAUACAGAUACCUGUUUCGACAGGCAUGUGAGUCAAAUGGCCUGAUAGAUCAGAAGCACCUCAGCCUGCUUCUGCAUGAAGCCAUCCAGAUCCCUCGACAGCUUGGUGAGGUGGCAGCUUUUGGCGGGAGUAAUGUGGAACCCAGUGUCCACAGCUGUUUCCGCAUGGCCCCAGGUAAGCAAUCUAUUGAAAUAACUCACUUCCUGGAGUGGCUGAGUCUGGAGCCUCAGUCCAUGGUAUGGCUUCCUGUACUGCAUCGUGUGACCAUGGCUGAAUCUGCCAAGCACCAAGCUAGGUGCUACAUCUGUAAACAGUGCCCCAUAAAGGGCUUCAGGUACCGGAGUCUGAAACAGUUCAAUGUGGAUAUCUGCCAGACGUGUUUCCUGACCGGACGAACAACCAAGGGAAAAAAGCUCCACUACCCUAUUAUGGAGUACUAUACCCUGACAACCUCAGGAGAAAAAAUGCGGGAUUUUGCAAAGACUCUAAAGAACAAGUUCAGAUCAAAGCAGUACUUCAGCAAGCACCCUCAGAGAGGCUACCUGCCCUUGCAGACAGUCCUGGAAGCAGAGAGCUGUGAGACGCCAUGUUCCUCUCCCAGGCUACCACAUGCAGACACACACAGCCGGAUCGAGCACUUUGCCAGCAGAUUGGCAGAAAUGGAAAGCCAGAGCUGCUCUUUCUUCACUGACAGCCUCUCUCCUGAUGAAAGUCUGGAUGAAGAUCAGUACCUCCUGCGUCAUUCCAGCCCCGCUCUGGUACAUGACUAUCCGCCUGGGUCACACUUCCUCACCCACCUUGACUGCCACAACAAAGAGGAACUGCAACGCACACUAGCCCAUCUGGAAAAUGAGAACAGGAUGCUGCAGGGUGAGUACCGGCGGCUGAAAUGGAAGCAUGAGGAGGCUGCAGCAGCAACACCGCAGCUUGUGGAGGGUAUUUCAGGCUUGGGCUUGCCAAUUGGACAGCAGGAUGAGGAGCUCCUGGCUGAGGCUCGAGUACUCAGGCAACACAAGAGUCGCCUGGAGACACGCAUGCAGAUACUAGAGGAUCACAACAAGCAAUUAGAGUCACAGCUCCAUAGACUCCGAGAGCUACUGCUACAGCCCAAAGAUGACUCAGAAGCCAGUGGGUCAGCCCCCUCAUCUCUGUCAUCACCUGUGUCAGUGGUGCAUCAGGAGGAGCCACUAAGCAAAGAGACUACAGACACGGAGGUUACAGGUGAAGAUUUGGAGCCAGAGCAGGACACGGUGCUACAGCUACAGCAGGUGAUUGAGCAGCUGAGGAAUGUCUUCCCAUCUAAACCAAGCCAAUGAGGAGGCACACAGAUUCCACAUUGCUCAGCUAAACCUGGAUUGGGUACAGAAUAUGCAAGGCAGAAAACGUAAAGAUUGGUUCAGCAGAUUUGGAGGACAUUUUUUCUUAUCUACAACUGAAGCUCAGUAGAGAGAGCUGGCACAUUUCUGAGUGAUUCAGUAAUGUUUCAUGGUGCCAAAGGC